AUGCAGGGGCCCGACCUCCGCGACGGGGAGGCGGCGGCGGCGGCGGACACCAGCGACGCGCUGCUCGUGCUCGAGGGCCCGGAGCCCGCCGGGCUGGACGCCGACCGCUCGGACCACGACGACGACCACCACGACGAAGACGACGACGACCGGCGGGAGCCCCCGCCGCCCCCCGCCGCCCCCGGCCCGGCCCGCCGCGGCUCCCUCAAGACCCGCCUCGGACGCCUCUUCCGCCCCGGGGGCCCCGACGGCAAGCGGCCCGGACCCGCGGGGGACCCCGACGCCCCCGCCCCGACGCGCGGACCCCGCCUGCCCCGCCUGCCCCGCCUCCCCCGCGCCCCCGACGCCUCCAGGAAGCCGAGGUUGACCAGAACCCAAAGUGCCUUUUCUCCGGUCUCCUUCAGCCCCCUGUUUCCAGGCGAAACGGUGUCGCUCGUGGACGUGGACAUCUCUCAGCGAGGAGGCCUGACCUCUCCUCAUCCUCCGACCCCGCCCCCUCCUCCACGAAGAAGUCUCAGCCUCUUAGAUGAUAUCAGUGGGACCCUGCCUCCUUCUGUGCUAGUGGGCUCGAUGGGGUCUUCCCUGCAGUCUUUCCCCCUGCCGCCUCCUCCUCCUCCUCCGCCGCCGCCGCCGCCCCAUCCCCCAGACAUUUUUUCGCGGAUCGUCCCGUUCAGGGCCGCCCACUCCGGGCCCGGUCAGCCCCUGCAGUAUCCCCUCUACCGCGCCGACGCCAGCAGCUUCGCCGCCAGCCUCCGGGAGUUGGAGAAGUGCGGCUGGUACUGGGGCCCGAUGAACUGGGAGGACGCCGAGAUGAAGCUCAAGGGGAAGCCGGACGGCUCCUUCCUGGUGCGGGACAGCUCCGACCCUCGCUACAUCCUGAGCCUCAGCUUCCGCUCGCAGGGCGUCACCCACCACACGCGCAUGGAGCACUACAGAGGCACGUUCAGCCUGUGGUGUCACCCCAAGUUUGAGGACCGGUGCCAGUCGGUGGUGGAGUUCAUCCAGAGAGCCGUGAUGCACUCCAACAACGGCAAGUUCCUCUACUUCCUGAGGUCCAGGGUCCCAGGGCUCCCUCCCACCCCGGUGCAGCUGCUGUACCCGGUGUCCCGCUUCAGCAACGUCAAGUCCCUGCAGCACCUCUGCCGCUUCCGCAUCCGCCAGCUCGUCCGCAUCGACCACAUCCUGGACCUCCCGCUGCCCAAGCCUCUGAUCUCCUACAUCCGCAAGUUCUAUUACUACGACCCCCAGGAAGAGGUUUACCUGUCCCUGAAGGAAGCCCAGCUCCUCUCCCGACAACAGACCCAGGGACCCGAGCCCUCCACGUAGCCAGGGCUCCCACCCCAUGACGCCUGUGCCCGGGGCGCCGGACGCCACGUUCCGGCCGUGGGCCCGGGAAAACCUCAGCCGAGGGACGCGGGGCGAUGCAAGUGGCCGAGCCGGCCCCGUGAGGGCGAGAGAGGAUGUGAGGUUCCCGGGGCCCGCGUGUGGGAGGGCCCCCGCCGGCUGGGCCGACGUCUCCAGUCGCCGCGGAGACGCGCCGCCGGAGACCCGAGCCGUGUCGGGGAUGGGGACGUCCCCUCGGCCUGGGCGGAGACACGGAGGAGCGGCCAGAUGCAGCACUUUGGUCCCACAGUCCCCUGCCCCCCCCCCCACCUCUCAACCCCUUCCCGCGUCUGCCCACCGUUUGUGGUGGCGACCCACGUCUUUCAUUCGGUCAGUCGUAUCUAUUGAGCGCCUGCUGUGUGCAGAGCACUGUACCGAGCGCUUGGAAAGUACCGUUCGGCAACGGACAGAGACGGUCCCUACCCAGCAACGGGCUCACGUCCUGUUCUGAUGCCUGCCUGGCUCAGGGCACGGUGGGCCCGGCGGGCUCUGGCCCUGACUCGCAGCCGGGUCGGGCCCAGGCUGGGGUCCGGGGCCCGCCGUCACCCCUGUCGUGGCCGCUGGCCGGAGGCCUGGGCUGUGGAGAGAGGACAGAACCCGGCGCGAGACGGGACCCCCCGACUUGGACCGGAGCAGGAGGCCCGUCUCCGGCGACCACCCGGAUCCCACUGGGGACUUCUGAGGAGGGCAAGACGGGGAACCUGCCGCCGGAGGGUCUCGGCCACUGGCAGAGACCGACUCGGGGACCGAGCCCGGGGCCCCCCAGGCCCGCUGCCGGCCUGGUGCGCGGGGACAAGGAGUCGGCCCCGGAGACGGGGAGCCGCCCCCGGCCAUCCUGCCCAGGAGCCCGGCCUGUGCCGUGGGCACGCAACGCGGACCUUGGGCGGCCCCUGCCAGCCUGGCCCGGCCCACCAGGACCGGCUGCAGUGUCGCGGACGGACCUGGGCCCGGGUUGAGGCGGGGGCCCGGCGGCGGCGAGGGCGUUGGGCCUCGGCCACCCCUGCUCACCCUGGGCUGGACUCGGACGGUGCCCCUCACCCAUCGGACCCCAAGUCCCCGGCCGUCCUCGAGGAACGUCCUGUGUAAUCCCGGGUGAUCCUCGCCGGGGACGGAGGGGUCACGCCAAGCUCCUGUGUCCCCACUCCAAGGCAGAGGGCAGUGGACUCAGGCCCGGUGGUGGAGGGGUCGGUCGCGUCUGUGGGAUGGGGGCGAGGGGGUGGAAUUCCCUCUUGGGUCUAACUUGGCUCAGCUAACCCCCGCCACUCCGUCUGCCUGGCUGCGUUUCCCCGUGGGGGAGGUCCCGUGUUGCGAAUGGUGGGCAGCGGGCUCUCUGGUCGAAGACAGAGCCGGCCUCACGCUGACUCUGUGCCGUCGAGGACGCGUAGAUUUCUUUCUUUUCACUGCAGCAGUGUUUAUGGGCAGGUCCAAGAGAUUUAUUUGCUCCUGG